AUGUCAACCACUACCACUAUGCUAUCAACAGGGUUACUAAACGCCGAAGAUAAACUACCAUCUACCAUGACAAUCUCACCCCUAUCUCCAGUAUCUGAUGGCACAGAUGAUGGCCUUUUACCGAUGCCCGAAUUUGAUCCGGCAAUUCACCUCGCUUUCGAACCACCAACGAAACGACAUACAUUUUCUGAAUACGGCUUGUCGAAACCAGACUCGUGUCCCGAUGUCUGUUUCACUGAGCCAUUCCCACUCUUCUCAGAGGAAUGUGUGCGUAUGCUAAGACGAGAAUUGCUGCAGAAGAAAGUUUUAGAUAAGCAUUUGUGGUCGUGGGAUAGAGCACCUUGCUAUAUUCGUGCUAUUGAGCCGACAGCAAAAUGGAUAAAUAAUGUCUGGAAUCAUCCUGCCGUCACAGAAUGCAUGAGCAAAGCGUUCGGUGUACCACUCAAAGUGCUCGGUCGCAGAGGCGAAGUGGCGCAUGUCAACAUUCAAUUAGGACCGGAAGGAGUCGAAGGUGUGUAUAAACUAGGGGAGCAACCAUCAGCACCGCUUUCUCCUCUUCUGGAAGACAAUAGCAACAAUAUGCAGGGCGAAACACCUCAAUUUAUAGACAGCUGGCAUCGAGACUCGACACAAGUCGUCUGCGUGCUCAUGCUAAGCGACACCAGUACCAUGGUGGGUGGCGAGACAGCAAUAGAUCUCGGCGAUGGCCGCAUUGUCAAGGCGCGUGGUGCUCGCAUGGGCAGUGCUGUCAUGAUGCAAGGCUGUCAUCUUCGCCAUGCAGCGCUACCUGCCAAAAACUCCCCUGAGCGGAUAAGCAUGGUGACCAGUUAUCAUUUUGUCGAUCCGGACCUAGACGACAGCGGCACUUCGCUGAGAAGUAUCAGUCCGCAGAAUAUGGAUGUCCCCGUCAUCAACGAUCACUUCCUACUUCAAAAAUUACUCAAGCUGCGGGAAAGGAUUGAUGUGAUGAUUGAUAAGGUGCAACAAACGCAGGGUUCGGGAACUAUGGCUGCCAGGGAGACGGUGGAGCCGUGGGUUGUUGAGCAGAUGAAGUUCUUGAAACUCACUUCGUGGGAGUUGUGUGAGCGAUAUCCGCAAUGGCUUUACAAGGAUGUGCCUGAGGAAGUGAAGCAGAAGUAUUUGGCAAAUGUUUGA